AAAUAAUUGGAUAAUUUCACAAAUGGCUAAGUAAUUUCACUGCUCGCAAAGGUGAAGAAGAGAAAGAUUGAGAAUGGCAGUAUCUUCAAUAACUACGACGCUAAUCCCUUCUCUUGCUACUUCUUCUUCAUUUUCCUCUAAACCAACAACACCAACCAAACUCUUUGCUGCUUCUUCUUCUUUGUCUGUAAUCUCCAAUUCUGUUAAUGUUGCCUUUAGCUCCCUAAAGCUGUCGCCUUCAAUACCCAGGGCUUUUGCUGCUCCUGAGACUUUGGAUUCUCAAGACACUCUAGACCUACCUCCUGAAGCCCUUGAUGAACCUGACUCUGAUACUUUUCAGAUUGAAGAUUCCAAGACACCAACUUCUCCAUCACUCAGCAUUGGGGCAGAUGCAGAUAAGAUGGCUCCAAAGCAGAAAAUUAGAAUUAAGCUGAGGUCUUACUGGGUACCUCUGAUCGAGGACUCCUGCAAGCAGAUAAUAGAUGCUGCUAGGAAUACCAAUGCAAAUACCAUGGGUCCUGUACCAUUACCAACAAAGAAGCGAAUCUACUGUGUUCUAAAAUCCCCCCAUGUCCACAAGGAUGCUAGAUUCCAUUUCGAGAUCAGAACCCACCAACGCCUCAUAGAUAUUCUCUACCCAACUGCUCAAACUAUUGAUUCAUUGAUGCAACUCGACCUUCCUGCUGGGGUUGAUGUGGAGGUUAAGCUCUGAAGAAGCAAAGACUAAGGUGUCCUAUUAUUCCAAGAAAAGAAAGCGUAAGGAAAACAGAUUUUUCAAUUCAAGAUUGGAAGGUUUGCUUGAACAAGUAAAUUGUUACAACUGUCCUCUACAAGGUUGUUAGAGCCCGUAACUCUUUUGGUUGGAGAAUUGUAAGCAAUAUGCUGAUGGGAUAUUAGAAGUGAAAAAUAGGCACGCAGAGUUGAAAUUCAUAAAUUAAGGCUUUCAGUUAUGUUUAUAAUUGAUAUGCACUGCUCCACUACAAAGUUGGAGCAGGGUAUGUGUGUGAGAAUCUGAUUUGAAUGGAUUAUGUCUCUUUUUUUU